AUGGUCCGAAGGCGGACACAUCAGGGGAACGGUGGAGGCAGCGGGAAAGAUCUCGCUUCCUCCGCCACGGUGGCACCCGAUGCCGAUCCUUCUGCGCGGUCCGAUGGUGAUGGUCGGGACACGGCCGAGGAGCAACAGUUGAAAGCGUUGGGCGAGGGACAGUCGCGCCGAUCCGCUGGUGACGUGAGCGUCGGCCAGAAUAGUGGGACAACUAAAGCGACCGUCCAUAUCAAUGGAGUCGCUGUCGAUCACUUCCACCAAAACUCGGACGUGGACGAGGAGCGUCGGUCACUGUGUCAGAACAGUGACAUUCACGGUUUCAUCUCCUAUUCUUCCGACAGCAGCAUGAUCGAACUGAACCUCAAGUUUCGCAAGUGCGCCUGUAACGAAAACAUCAUCAACAUCUCCAAAGAAAACCUCCAACAGAAGCAACGAAGCUGUUCGCCACCGCCAACGGCCGAGGUUCGUCCGGGCGCUCCGGGUGACUUGCCCAGCAGCCAGCCGCAGCUCGCCGCCGUUCCGGAUGGAAGUGUGUUCAGGAGAGAAGGUAAAAGCAAGAAACUGUUAGCAUUAAACAAAGACAACCUGAACAGCUUGGUGCGCAAGCUGAACGACACCGCGAAUAGCUCAUCCUCAUCGUGUACAAAGUGUAGACUAUCAUUAGACGUCAAUCAUAUUUUAACUCAGAUCGUAAGCAUUAAGACUACCGGUGGCUCAUCACCGGGCGUGGCUGACGACAAGCGAGACGAUCAGGCUUCUCCUUGCGAUGAAUCGAUCGCACGGCGCGCUCCCAACCCUUUGACGAUCGACGCAUCCGGUAUCGGGCUACGGGCGGACGACUCCUUGAUCGGUAGCUCAGCCUCGCCGUUACCCUCACCGAACUCGCCUAUACCUUUGCUCGGACUUCCACCACUCGAGCGGCGUCACAGUGAAACGGUAGAGCGACGCUCGAUCGGUGUGCAGCAUGCGGCAGGGAUGCGCCCACCGCGCAAAAGGGCUCCAAUGCUGCGUACCCACGGUCGCAGCAUGGCGCAGGCCGAGGAAAUCAUUAUCAUAUCGGAUGAGUUUCGCCGACAGUCCUUGCGUGACCAACAAUCCGUCCGUGUGCAGAAAAGCGUGAAAAAGAUCUCCAAAUCGAUGGAGUGCAUCGAUAAGCGCAAUCCACCGACACUGUCCCUGCGGCCGGUAGCGAUACGAAGCUUCCAGCUGCCAAACUCCACGCUUGACGGUGUCGACGGAGCGGACGAGAUGCUAACCAUCGUCGUCGACACCGUCGGCAGUGGGGCAAGCAGUGUGAAAUCAAUUUCAAAGUCCGUCGACAACGUGUCAGUUGGCUCAGGGAACAAUGUAGAACCAUUUGCUCAACCGAAAACUCCUGACCUGACCGCCGCCGGUGACAGUGUCGAGUUGAUCUUCAUAUCGGACGAGUUCGUUAAACGCAAAUCGAAAUCCAGCUCGGAUGUGAUCAUCGUAGAAAGUGCUGGUGACCGUAAGCGCGAGAGUGCCAAGCGAAGGAGACCGGUCAAGCAUCUGUCAGUGAUUGGGGCCACCCAUCGUACCCAAAGUACUGAGGGUCGGAUCGUCAAGUCAGCCACCAUCCCGGUGGCCGCGUCUCCCGCUACCAAAGCGAAAGAUACCCGCCGCAAAACGACCGUUUCGAACUCGAAUAGUUUUCUCACCUACGAAGAGCCGUUUUCACCUGAGACGCUCGAAAGCAAAGACAUUGGUCAGAUGUUCGCUGAGGCCGCGGCAGAAUAAAACGAAAUCGGUCGUAGGCUCAGGGAGGCGGCCAUUUCCGGUGAACUGUCGUCGCAGGCAUACCGUCAUACGUUUGCAUGUUGUUCCGUCAGUAGGCAAUGAAUUAUGUGUAUUUUUAGUUUUGUUACUUGUAUUGUUGUGCAAUCGAAGGAUACAUUGAUUGCGGACUGGCAUAAAUGCUGAUGUGUCUUCCUUGUGCAAUUUAUCUA